UGUACUAUGUACACAUUUGUUUAUGCAUGCAUUUUUCAAAUUUGUCUUCUCUCACUUAUUUAAUCUGUACUUUGAAUUUUGGCCCUCCCACAUCGACGAUGCAAUAAUAACCCAGAAACUUCAGAGUUAAGGGAAACAAGGCAGAAAAUCAAUCAGGAUCAAAAGAGAAAACUGUAACAAUAACAACUUAAACCUUGCCCGUAUUGACCAUCAUUGCAUAAAUGUUUUGAGAAGACCCCCAACGCAGGCGACAUUUCAAACUGUGACGUCAUCCCCUGCGUUGUCCACGAUGAGGUCUCUACGCAUGGUUGCAGGAUGGGUCGUCUCAAAACACUUAUAUAAUUUAUUCUCCAUCUUCAUGAAUGCACGAAGCAGAUUGUGCAAAUGCUAGGGAAAUACGGAGUAAGAUCUGGCUUGCGGUUUUCUUGCAAACAUUUUGACAAUUUUAUUUUUGCUUUUGUAAACGAUGAGAUAUAGCACAAACAUAAUGUUCAUUUUAACCACUCAGAUUUCUUUGAAAUGGCCCCUAAUCUAUUUUUAGACGUUCGGAAAAUUUUAGCCGCCCCGCAGGUCAUGUGACUGCGUGGGCCUGCAUAACAAUGAGUCAUGCGACAUAUUGCAUAAUUCUUGCGUCAGCCGCAACGCAGGCGGACGGAGUAUAAAAGGUUCACGAGCCGCUACACAGGCAGAUCAACACUCACCGCUACUACAAGAGCGAAAAAGAAGAAACUGCUGACGACGACCAUUACCUCUUUGACAACGACAGAAAUUAUCCAAGCUGAGACCUGCGGAGCUGACAAGUUUUUCCAUAUCAGUGUGACGGCAAAUAGAAGGCAUAUUAUAUUGCUACGAAAACCCAAGUUACUGACAUCAUCAGAAACUAUCCAACCAAAUCACUGAUUGAGCAGACGACAAUGGAAGUGGCGGUGAAAGCGUUUCUGCAAAGAGCUGACGACAACAGGGAGGUGAGGAGACUGAGCUUGCCCAUGGGGCCAGGUGGUGCCAUGUUCAAAUCCUUGUCUGGCAAAGUGGCUUCAGCGUUCCCAGGUCUGAGCGGGAAGAAGUUUGUGAUCACGUGGGAAGACCCGGACGGUGACUUUGUCCAGAUGUCCACUGAUGAAGAGUUACAAGAGGCUCUGACACAUAGUUCCACAGGACGGCUCAAAGUCUACAUCAAUGUAGUUGAUGGUCAGUCCGGCAAUGUGGAUCAGAUGAUGGAGGAAGAGGCGGGGCUUAGCACAGAUCCGGAGUCUGAGGUCACUCGUGUACGACACAACAGAGAGGUACCGGCUGCUGUCAGUCACGAGGGUUUGCCCCUCCCACACGGCACGCCCACUUCUCUGUACGGAAUGUUUGGACAACAUGGCGGAUUUGGAUGUAGGAGGCGAAGAGGUCAGAACCACGGACCCUGGAAGAGAAGGCACCAGUCACCGGCCGGGCCAUGUGGCCCAUGUGAUGGCCAGGGAGAGAUGGCCCAGGGGCUACACGCUGGCAGGCGAGAGAAGAGCAGCGAAAAGCGAGACUGGAAGAAGUCGCUGAGGGAAUCUGUCCCCGUGAGCCAGCGUCGUUGGGCCAAGAUCUACGUCCACAACUGGAGAAAAGAAAACCUCGAGAACGUCAGCACGACGACAUCCAGCGACAGCGGGCAAGAGAAGAAGGGGAAGACCAUGACGAGGGAGGAGGCCGGAGUGCCGGAGGCUUACGAGGUCUGGCUGGUCAAGGUGUUGACCAAGUUCCACAAGAGAUGGGAGACAGCGGAAGUCUGUGCUGCGGGGCAUGAUGGGAGUGAUUCUGAUGAGGGUGGCGCUGUCAGCAAUAUGGCGACUCUCAGGAAAUCUGUGCCCGUGGAAUUCCGCCGGUGGAUGAGAUGGUACCUGGCCAGACGUUAUGGCAAGCGAGCAGCCCCAGAAUUUAGAUGUGCCAGCCCUGGACGUAAGGGUCACAGAGGGUGCAAAGGUCAUUCGAAGUGCGAGGGUCAAACAAAGGACAAAAGCCACCGAGGCUUCAGAGGUUACGCAGAAAGUGAAGGUCAAACGAGGGGGAAAAGUAACAGAGGCUGCAAAGGUCGCCCAGAAGGAUGCAGCAAAGACAGAACUCCUGACCUUGGAGAAGAUGGCACUGGGAAGUGGGGGAAGAAAUCCCAGGUGUGUGGACCAAGGUCUGGUCACGUGACGAGCCAGGUGCCCAGACAGAUUCGAUCGUGGACAAAACGGUUCAUCAUGACCUGGAGACUGGACCAUCAGAUCCCCACCUCUGUACCCACCUACCUCUCUGACAAUGUCAAGGACGCUGGAGUGCCUGAGGACUAUGUCACGUGGUUGUUGACAUUUCUGCCCAGAUGGCACGUGAGGACGGGUCAGGUGGACCAGAGCAAAGUGGACGUUCAAGAAGUGAGGAGGGGGCAGUUGAAGGAGCUGGUACCCCGGGAGUUCCGAGACUGGGUCAAGCGUUACUUGUACAGACACUACAGUCACCACCCGGCACAGAGCGGAGGGGAGAGGGGGGAGGAGGAGGAGGAGGAGGAACGAUACCGACGCUGGCUACAGGUUUUCAAGAAGAAAUGGCUGCUGCAACAGGUCACUUCCGGUGACCUUGGUCCACUGUGUCCCAACAACAGCAGCAGCGAGGAGGAGGAGAAGGAGCCAGGAGCAGCCAUUGUGACCUCUGACCCUGACACAGACGUAGAGGUCAUGGAGUCCUCGAUGAAACGUCUCAGGCUGGGGCGGGAAAUCCCACAGAGAGAUGGUCAGUUUGCCGUGACCGCCGGACGUGUCGAUCUUCCGGACAGUGGCUAUGAUGACAAGGGAAACGUCGAGUUUACAGAGAAAAUGCCUCGUUCUCCUGCGUUCCGGCGUUUUGCCAGAGAGCUGCUCUACGACUGGGACGGGAGAUCACCCACUGACGACACCGAUGACGACAUGGAGUUACCUCCCCGUGUCUACAGAUGGCUAGGUCGUGUGAUGAAGAAGGUGGAGAAAAAAAGGACAAGACAAGGGAGGAUGGCAGCCAUGCAAGAGAUGGAAGAUGUCAGACGGGGAAUAUAAACUACUGAAAAAGCUCAGAAAUGUGUCUUUCUGAAAAUAAAGAGUCAAAUGUUUUUUGUUACAAAAUUGAUCUUGUAAAGAUGCUGGCCUCAGAUUUACUCGUGCGACAUGUAUAGAUCUAGCAAUAACCCGCUGGGUAUUUUUAGAUUUCGCUCAAGAGUGUAAUGGUUCGAUUUUUGAAGCCACUUUUGAGAUAUCGUCGAAUUUUAUGAUGAUUUAUGUACAUUUGUAUUAUAUAUUAUGUCUUAUGUAGUUCUCCCAUAAGCACCAGUUUUCGAGUUCUGUAAAAACAGUUCAUUCAGAAUGCUAUAAAGCAAUGUGACUGACAAGAACUUUUGAAUAGUGGCAAGUUGGGUUUUGCUUUGGACAAAGUAAAUCAACCUUUCCCUAACUCAAAAGAUGUCUGCUUCGCUUCGAAUGCCACUUGUAUUUCAGCGGAGUUUUUUGUGAGUUUAUGAUACAGACAAUAAAUAAAUGUUAAUAUUGUACUUGCAAUUAGAAAGAUUUGGAGUUGAAUUCCUGGCUCGGCCACGUGGAAUGCUGUAUUCUUAAGGAAGGUACAUGAUGUACUUUGCCCAGUCUGUUUUGAACUUCCUUGCAAGCCUAAUAAAAUGAUCUGGAUUCUUA